AUGGAAGAAUCUUCGACUUCAGGAGCAUUUGGCCUCAAUGUCAGAUCGAGCGGCAGCAAACUAUUCAUCACAACGCCGGAGUGGGCCACCCUUUUGUCUCCAGAGAUGGCGGGCGCCCAGGUUCAAGGCUACACGGAUAUCCUGCAGCGUGCGCUCAUGGAUGAAGAGCAAACUGUUAGCAACCUGAUUGGAACUUUAGGCGCCGGGGAGCUGACAAGCCUUUGGGAGUGGAAUGGCGUUCUUCCACCAACCAUAAGCCGCUGCAUACACGAAAUCAUCGCAGAGAGAAGUGCAGAGCACCCAGAAAAACAUGCCGUCACUUCCUGGGAGGGCGACCUAACCUACAGUCAGCUGGACCGAGCAUCUUUAUAUCUCGCUAAUCAGUUGAGCAGUAUGGGAGUGAAACUUGGAGCAGUUGUCCCUCUUUGUUUUGAAAAAUCGAUAUGGACGGUUGUGGCUCUGCUGGCUAUUAUGAGGGCCGGAGGUACCUUCGUUCUCACUGAUCCCUCUCAGCCGGAAGGUAGGCUUUCUACAAUAGUGUCCGAAGUGGAUGCUCAGCUCUUGAUUACCUCUCAGAAGCAAGCCUCAUUAGGGUCUCGGAUUGCUCCAGAUGCCAAGAUAGUUGUUGUUGGGCCCGAAUUGUUAUGGUUAAGCGAGCAAGAAAUCCACACUACACUCCCCACCGUCCCUGCAACAGCUGUUCUCUACAUUGUCUUCACGUCCGGUAGCACGGGGAAACCAAAAGGGGUAGUGAUAUCGCAUGAGAAUUUCACUACAGGUGCAAUACCCAGGGCAAAGGCCGUCGGAUACAAACCUCAGUCGCGUGUCCUAGAUUUUCCUUCCUAUGCCUUCGAUGUAAGUAUCGAUUGUAUGCUAUGUACGCUGGCAAAUGGUGGCUGCAUUUGCGUUCCAUCAGAUGAGCAACGAAUCAACAAUCUUAGCGAGGCUAUACGAUCCAUGGACGUAAACAUGGCUCAUAUGACACCUUCUGUUGCUCGGGUUUUGUCGGCUGACGCAUUGACGCGGCUGGAGGUUCUUGGUCUUGGUGGAGAGUCGCUCUCUCCUGCCGACGCCACUCUCUGGAGCAAGGUCACAAAGGUCAUCAUCGCCUAUGGCCCAUCUGAAUGCACUGUAGGGUGUACCAUCAACAAUGAAGUCGAUACUUCGCUGCCAUAUACCACUAUAGGAAGAGGCGUUGGAGGCGUUACCUGGAUUGUCGACCCUGGUGACCAUGAUGUCCUGACCCCAAUCGGUGCGGUUGGAGAGCUGCUGGUCGAAGGCUCUAUCGUCGGAUUAGGCUACCUGAAGGAGCAGGAUAAAACUCGAGAAGUCUUCAUCAACGAUCCAAAGUGGUUGGUAACAGGUUCGAAAGACAUUCCUGGCAGGCAUGGUCGCCUGUAUAAGACAGGUGACCUUGUUAAAUACGACCGCGCCGGAUCAGGUAAUCUGGUCUUUGUAGGUAGAAAAGACCGCCAAGUCAAGCUUCGAGGACAGAGAGUCGAGCUGCUGGAAAUCGAGUACCAUCUUCGAAGAGGACUGCCUCAGGAGGUCAGAAUCGCAGUCGAGGUGAUAACCCCAGGAGGAAAGCACCACGAGCCGUCUCUAGUAGCUUUCAUCUCGGAGGAGAAACAUAUACAGGCCGGAAUGUCUGAAGAUAGUGGACACAUUACAGCGUUCUCCACGGAGUUACUCCAGUCUCUUGCCACAACCGAGGAAUACCUCUUAUCCGAGCUACCAUCCUAUAUGAUACCCACUGCAUAUAUUCCACUACGUAGCAUGCCACUUAUGAUUUCUUGCAAGGUUGACCGCAAGAAAUUGCAAGAAAUUGGACACAGUUUGACGGCACAGAGGAUGGCUAGUCUUCGAACAAACAUCUCUGGACAUACUGAACCAAGAACGAAGGUACAGCAAGUUCUGCAAGAAAUUUGGAACAACUUACUGGCCACCAAUACUUAUAUCCAUGCAAAUGAUAAUUUCUUUACGCUUGGUGGCGAUUCACUCAAGGCGAUGAGACUGGUCGCUAUGGCUCGAGACAGAGAUCUUUCACUCACGGUGACCCAGAUCUUCUGCAAUCCAACACUCUCACGCAUGGCAUCAAUAGCUGAGCAAGCAACUAAGGUCGUGGAAGGGGAAGUGCUACCAUUCUCGCUUCUCCCGUCACACUGGACACAAGGAGAUGUGAAGCAAGAGGUAGCGACGCUUUGCAAGCUUACGCCAUUUGAUAUCGAAGACAUCUAUCCUUGCACACCACUUCAGGAAGGUCUUAUGGCUCUCUCUGCCAAACUGAGCGAUACCUACAUUGCGCAGAGAGUGGCCCACCUGGCUGACCCCACAAUGGCUUAUGGUCUCAAAGCCGCAUGGCAAGCUGUGACCUCUGUUUGUCCAAUCUUGCGUACCAGGAUUGUUCAGGUACCCAAUCGAGGAUUAAUGCAAGUUGUGGUGAAAAGCGGCUCCGAGUGGUUCUCAAGUAACAGUCUCGAAGACUACCUGCAGCAGGACCGUGAUUCACCCAUGGAACUCGGAGCCGCUCUCGCUCGAUUUGGACUGGUCACAACCGAGGAGGGAAAAUUUCAUAUUGUAUUGACCAUACACCACGCGGUAUAUGAUGGGUGGAUGAUGCCCUUGGUCAUUGACCGGGUCAAGAGAUCUUACCAGGGGCUGGAGUUGUCACCGCCAGUUCCCUUCAGAAACUUCAUCAAUUACCUAGCUGGCAGUGAUCAGAGAAGAUCCCAAGAUUUCUGGAGAGAACAGCUCCGUGGAGCUAACCCUACGCAAUUCCCUGUUGUUCCAUAUCCGGGAUAUCAGCCAGCAGCAGAUUCACUUCUCGAGCACCGAGUUGAUGUUACAAUCCGCUCAUUCUCAAAUACCACUAUCGCAACAGCUAUUCGGGGAGCAUGGGCCCUAAGUGCCACAAAAUAUACAUCCUCAGAAGAUGUCAUCUUUGGAGAGACCGUGACUGGCCGAAACGCACCUGUGACAGGCAUUUGCGAGAUUGAGGGACCGUUGAUCACCACAAUUCCUGUGCGGAUUCACUCAGAUAGAACCAUGCUAGUAUCUGAGUUUCUCCACAAAGUUCAAGAGGAGACCGUACUCCGCAUUCCACACGAACAUAUGGGCCUCCAGCAUAUCCGUCGCUUGAGCGCCGAUGCCCUCUACGCUUGUGAUCUUCGCACCGGACUCGUUCUUCAUCCGAACACCGAGGACCCAGAAAAUGCUUCUCCUCCAGCCAAUCUCAAUCCUGCGGAUGCUUUUGCUCCGUUAAAUGACAGGGAGGCUGCCGAAGAGGCCCUGAAAUUUAACUCUUAUGCUCUAAUGCUUGUGUGCUCCCUAGACAGACGUGGAUUUUUGAUUAUGGCGAGCUUCGACAGCCACACAAUCGAUACAAUCCUCAUGCAGAAGGUGCUCGAAGAAUUUGGGCGCACUGUAGAGGAGUUCUGCAGUCCCACUGACAAGCGAAUCUCCGAUCUACUUAUCUUUGAGGAGCCAAAAGCAACUGAUUUGCUCGUGUUGAGCAAAAAUCAUUUUCAAAAUAUACUUCCAUAUUUGCAACAUGAACCGCGGUUCGAUUGGAAGCAGAUGAAAGGCAUCUGGAUAGUUGAUCCAAGGGACGCCGAAUGUCUGCUGCCUAUUGGGGCUGUCGGGGAAGUUCUGCUUGAGGCUGUCCAAGAACAAAGCCUCGUGAUGAUCGAGAAACCGAACUGGUUUUCAAAGAUAACCAUUGAUGGAGACUCUAGCACUAUAUACAAAAGUGGGUAUAUGGGUAAGUUUAGAGGCGAUGGUACCGUCGUCUUUCUAGGAAGCAGAGGAGAAAAUACUAACGAUAAUGAUCAAAAUUUGGCACAAAAUGGUGCUCCAACGAAAGAAACAGAGUCCAAAGCGGGAAAAAUGCGUCUCCUCUCUCGAUUGUGGAGUAGCAUCUUGAACAUUCCGGAAGUCGAUAUCAGCUCUGAAGCUGACUUUUUCUCAUUGGGAGGUGAUUCUAUCGCAGCAAUGAAGCUUGUCUCGGAAGUACGAAUUCAGAAAAUGACAUUGACAGUCGAGCAAGUAUUUCGUCACCGUCAGCUCGACGACAUGGCUCAUAUCAUGGAAGAAGAGUCGAUAUGUGACGCUCUUUCAGCAACGCCGGGUGAAUUCACUUUGCUUGACUGUGCCGAUUUAGCUAGCUUCAUCACUCAGGAAGUCGUGCCAAUUUUGGCUGAUUCGACGUGGACAAUUAAAGACAUCAUACCAUGCCGGCCCUUGCAGGAAAUAGCCGUAAGAGGAACGACACAACUACCAAGAUUUUCAGUACGCUACGAGCUCUUUUACCUGGAAGGCAUCUUUGAUCGCCAGCGUUUGUUCAUGAGCUGUCAGGAACUUGUAUCUCGCAACGAGAUUCUUCGCACAGUCUUCCUCAGUCAGAAGGGCCGUUACUACGGAGUUGUCUUGGAAAAGCUCGACAUAACCAUGGUUGAGUAUGCAAUUGAGGGCGAUCUGAGGGAAUUCGCGACAAACCUCUGUAACCUGGAUGUGCAAACAAAGAUGGCAGAAGGAACACCAUUCCUCAAGUUCUUCUUCGUUCAAAAGGAACAUAAUCAGGCUUGCUUGAUAAUGAGAAUCUCACACGCGCAGUAUGAUGAAAUAUGUCUACCUGGUUUACUUCACCAAUUGGCAGCCAUACAUGCUGGCAAAGAAGUCCCAGAGACCCUGCCGUUCUCACGGUUCGUCUAUCAUGCGACCCGUGACAGCAUGCCAAAGAGUAUCAACUACUGGCGACGUCUCCUAGAAGGCUCGUCGAUGACGAAGCUGGCUCCAUCUAAUCUACCAUUAUCAAACACCCCAGCAGCAGUGUCUGCAACUGUUGAUAUAUCUAGUCGAUUGAAAUCCAUUACCACAGCAACUCUUCCACCUGCGGCCUGGGCACUAUGUCUCGCACGCCGCCUGUCGCUACGAGAUGUCACUUUUGGAGAGGUUGUCAGUGGGCGCAACACGGGACUUCCGAAUGCUCAUAUGAUCAUGGGUCCCACAUGGCAAUAUGUUCCAGUCCGGGUUAAAUUUGAAGAUGAGUGGUCUGCGAAAGACCUGCUCGAAUCUGUCCAGCAGCAGCACAUCGAUACCUCAAGGUUUGAGGCUAUGGGCUUGUCAGAGAUCAUCCGUAAUUGUACAGAUUGGCCUGAGAAAGUCGAAUGGUUCGAUUCUGUCGUCCAUCAGGAUGUCGAUCACGUCAACCGGUUGCCACUUAUAUCCACCAACAGCCGCAUAGAGACCAUCUACCCUCAUCCCGAGCCACUUCGAGAAUUGAAAUUCCAGGCCUUCUGUAAAGGAGAUUCUCUUACUUUGGAGAUUGUCACUUUUGAGGACUGGCUGGAUUUCGGAAAAUCCAUUCUGGAUGACUUAUGUGAUUGUUUGAAACAAUUGGUGAAUAGACCAACGUCUGCGCUCUUCGAGUCCGCUACGUUUGAGAACAUCGUUUUGCACAUUUCAGACACGGUCGAGGUAGUCAGUGUCACUGGAGGAGGAGCUUUCAAUAUUUCGACAUAA